AUGUCAUGGGAGAGAUGCGCCCCAAAAAUCGGCGACACCGCGUCCCUGUGGAACCAUACAGCUGCGCCUGGGUGGACGCCUGAAGACGUCAGGGUGCUAAAGCUGGGCCUGAUGAAGUUCGGGAUGGGCCAGUGGGUGAAGAUUCUAGACACAGGACUGUUGCCUGGCAAAUUGAUUCAGCAGCUGAAUGGGCAGACUCAGAGAAUGGUGGGACAGCAAUCGCUGGGAGCUUUUACAGGGCUCAGACUUGAUGUGGACAAACUGCGGAAGGACAACGAAAGCCGCACUGACGUCACCAGGAAGAACGGCAUGAUCAUCAACACUGGGGAUGCGCUCACAAAGAAGGAAAAGGAGCAGCUUCGAAAAGAGGCAAUAGCCAAGUAUGGAUUGUCAGCGGAAGAAAUUGCAGGUGCUGAUUCGGAAUUGAAGGCCACAGCACAGGAGAGGGGCAUGGUAGAGGGGAGAGCACCUGCUGUGGACACCUCCCUGCUAGACUCAACAGCAGAGGACCUGGACAGGGAUGGUCGAAUCGCACUUCUUGGACAGCUGAGAAGCCUGUUGGUGGAGGUGGUGAAAUCCUGUGAGAGAUGGAGACUUGAGCAAGCUGAGGUGGGAAAAAUGGGCCAAGAUGAAGGGAUGCCAGAGCACAUCGACAACAAGGAACAGAUUCCACCUGAAGCUCGCAGAGCCGAACAGCAGAGCGAGGACCUGCCUUGUAGUGCAGCCAAGAGCCAAACAGGAGGGGCAAACGACAUGGAGCCAUCCUGCAAGCCAGAUCUGGACAGGAGCUGCGGACGACUGGGCCCUUUGGCAGAGGUCACUGUCAGCAAACAGCGACAGGGCACAAGAAAGAGGCGAUCUGCUGCACAAACCAGCACUGGAAGUGCAAUGAGACAGGCAGGCAGGAAAAGAGCGUGCUUGCAGUCUGAAGAACCUUAUGAUGGUUCCCCUGACGGGGAAGAUUCUAUCCAGGCAGCGUUUGAGGCCGACAUGGACAUCCUGACGUCCAUGGGUUACUCAAAACGACAUGCAAAGGAGGCGCUAGAGGAAAAUGCGCACGAUGUUCAGUCUGCGGCGAACUGGCUGAUGGCGAACUGCUCCUGA